AUGAAACAUCGCUGCAUAUAAAAAGCCAGGCAUAUAGCAAUGGGUAACUCUGUUUAUUAAAGUUAAAAUCUUUUUCUUCUUUUCAAAAGAAUUCUGUGUUUGUGUUCUCCUUGGGAUGGCGGUGAACGGCGCCGUUACUUGGCUGAGGAGGACGGAGGAGAUCGACGGCUACGAUCUUUCAGCUUCUGAUUCAGAGGAAGUCCAUGUCCUCGCCGUCGAUGAUAGCCUCGUUGAUCGGAAAGUAAUUGAAAGGUUGCUGAAAAUUACUUCUUGUAAAGUGACGGCGGUGGAUAGUGGCCGGAGAGCUUUGCAAUUCCUGGGAUUGGAUGAGGAAAAAGAAGCCAAUGGUUUUGAUGGUUUGAAGGUUGAUCUGAUCAUCACAGACUACUGCAUGCCUGGAAUGACCGGCUACGAAUUGAUGAAGAAGGUUAAGGAAUCAUCUGCUUUUCGAGAAAUUCCGGUGGUGAUCAUGUCAUCGGAGAACGUCGUAGCUCGAAUCGACAGAUGUUUAGAGGAAGGGGCUGAGGAUUUCAUAGUGAAACCGGUGAAGUUAUCAGAUGUGAAACGCAUAAUAGAUUACAUGGCAACAUACUUCAGGGAGGGAGAAGAAAGAAGAGGAGGAAUCAACAAGAGAAAGAUAAGAGACGAGGGCGAUGAUCGAUCUUCUUCAUCGCCGCUGUCCACUUUGUGGUCGUCGUCGUCUUCUUCCUCAUUGCCGACGGCACCGUGUUCUCCGUCGACACUGGAUUCUCCGACCAGAAGUCUGAAAAUGACAUGCUUUGAAGAACAUAUUUUUACUGAUAAAAAUUGAAACUUUUUGGAUGAGACCAAAUUGAUAAGAAAUGAUAUGGGAGUCGUAGUGUUGUGCUGUAUUG